AUGUUGUCCGCCCGCCAAGCGGUCGUUAGGGCCUCGUCGUCCUUGACCACCCGUGCAUUUUUUAGCCGGGCUGCCCUCCUCCAGAAGCAUGCCCUCCGACCCAUCUCGACCUCAACCAUCCGAGGCCGACCUGCUUCCAGCUUACCGAACCCGAACCAGACCCUGAGGGAUGUUGUCGUUCAGACGGUCAAGAAUAUUGGCUCGCAUAGGGAGGGCCAGCAGUAUCUUAAGUACUUUACCUCGGUUUCUUCCGAAUCCUUUGCCAUCAUCAAGGCUGGUGGUGCUAUCCUUACAGAACACCUCGAUGACUUCUGUCAAUCCCUACUGGUCCUUCACCAGCUCGGCCUAUACCCCGUCGUCGUUCAUGGAGCUGGUCCCCAGCUUAACAAGCUCCUCGAGGAUGCUGGCAUCGAGCCUCAGUUUGAGGAAGGCAUCCGCGUGACCGACAAGAAGACCCUCGGCGUCGCCAUGAAGCUGUUCCACCAAGAAAGCCUGAGGCUCUCUGAGGCCCUUAACAAUAUCGGAGUCUCCAACAUGCCUAUUACUACCUCGCUCACCGCCGAUUACCUCGACCGUGACCGCUGGGGUUUCGUGGGAGACGUCACUGAUGUCAACCUUGAGCCCAUCGAGAGGGCCAUCAAGGCCGGCUAUAUCCCAAUUGUCCCCUCCUUGGCCAUGACCAAGGACGGCCAGGUCCUGAACGUUAAUGCCGACGUCACCGCUGCUAGCUUGGCACGUGCCAUGAAGCCCUUGAAGAUUAUCUAUCUCUCCGAGAAGGGAGGACUUUUCCGUGGCGAUAGCGGAGAGCUGAUCAGCGAAAUCUUCCUCGACCAGGAGUACGACGAGCUCAUGGCUCAACCUUGGUGCCAGAGGGGCACCCGCCUAAAGAUCAAGGAGGGCAAGAAGCUACUCGAUACCCUUCCCAGGACCUCCAGUAUCGCCAUUAUCCACCCCGAUGAUCUCCAGACCGAGCUAUUCACCAUCUCCGGUGCCGGUACCCUCAUCCGCCGCGGUGAGAAGGUCGAAGUUGCGUCCUCGCUGUCCGAGAUCAAGGACCUCCCCGCAUUCAAGGCUGCUCUUGCCCGUGGCCAGUCUGCCGACAAGGAGGUCGUUGCUUCCAUUGACAACUACCUUCAGAUGCUCAAGGACCGGCCCUUCAAGGCCUACUAUGACGAUGCAAUGAGCUGCCUCGCCAUUGUCCUCCAGCCCACUGAGAGCCGACCGUUCGCUUCCUGGGUCACCUUGUCUAUUACCAAGCCUGGCUGGUUGACGAACACUGCCGAGAAUGUUUUCCAAGCCAUUGAGAAGAGUAACUCUGACCUUGUGUGGACCGUCAGCAAGAACGACGAGAACUUGUCGUGGUUCUUCGACCGAUGUGAUGGCAGCUUCUGUAUCGACGACGUUGUCCUAUUCUGGCGUGGAUUCAGGCUUGAGAAGUAUUCUGAACUAUCUCCUAUCCUCGAUGAGGUCCAGGCUCUCGGCCGCAUCAGCCUUGGCGAGCCCUCCGCCGCCGAGAAUGACGCUCCCCCCGCAAAGGCCACAACCACGAAGAACUCUUCGCCCAGCGCCCAGCAAACCCGAGCCUUCUCCACCUCCACCCGCCCUCGCGCCUUCCAGUCCGCCCGCCCUACCCAGGCCAGGACCUAUGUUACCGAGACCAAUCCCAACCCCCCGCUUGGUAAGAAGAACGCUUCUGCCGACAGGCCCGCUCGCGUAGCGCUCAUCGGUGCCCGUGGUUAUACCGGCCAGGCUCUCAUUGAUCUCAUCAACACUCAUCCCUACCUCGACUUGACCCAUGUCUCGUCCCGCGAGCUUGCCGGUCAGAAGCUCAAGGGUUACGACAAGCGUGAAGUCAUCUAUGAAAACCUGAGCCCUAAGGACGUACGGGAUCUCCAAAAGAGCGGUGAGAUUGACUGCUGGGUCAUGGCUCUUCCCAAUGGCGUCUGCAAGCCUUUCGUUGAGGCCGUCUAUGAGGGCCAAAAGAGCUCAAACAACAAGAGCGUAAUUGUUGACCUCUCUGCCGACUACCGAUUCGACAACACGUGGACUUAUGGCCUUCCCGAGCUCACCAAGCGAGCCGAUAUUCAGCAAGCUCACCAGAUUUCCAACCCCGGCUGCUACGCCACGGCUGCACAGCUCGCCAUCGCGCCCCUUGUCGAGCACCUCGGUGGACAGCCCACCAUCUUCGGUGUUUCUGGAUACUCGGGAGCCGGAACCAAGCCUUCGCCUAAGAACGACGUCGAGCUGUUGGCGAAUAACAUUAUCCCCUACAGCUUGACUGACCACAUCCAUGAGCGGGAGAUUGGCCACCAGCUCGGCGUCCCCGUGGCCUUCACCCCCCAUGUCGCCUCGUGGUUCCGCGGCAUCCACCACACCAUCAACAUCCCCCUCAACAAGACCAUGACGUCUCGAGAUAUCCGUCAGAUCUACCAGGAGCGUUACGCGGGUGAGAAGCUCGUCAAGGUCAUUGGCGAGGUCCAGGUCAAGUCCAUCAUGAACCAACACGGCGUCGAGAUUGGCGCAUUCACCGUCCACAGCAGCGGAAAGCGGGUAGUUGUCUGCGCCACCAUCGACAACCUGCUCAAGGGUGCCGCCACCCAGUGCUUGCAAAACAUGAAUCUUGCUCUCGGAUUCGCCGAGUACGAGGGUAUCCCCACCAUGUAA